UCGGGAAUGUGCACAGGUACGAUGUCGACUGCUGACUGUCAGGUAGAGGCGGUGGUAGUGUUAUAGCAGGCCUGUGCACGGUCUACAAUGGCCUUGUUACUGUCGUCUGUUUACAGGACAGACGUGGUGUUACCAGGACGGGAAGGACAUUAUUCAGGACUCGAUGGAUUGAAUAGGAACCUUUUUUUUUCUUUUUACGAUUACACGCUGUAUAAUGGAAGUUAAUUAAAUCCUCCAGUAUGAAGGCCGCUAUAACUCCGCCGCUGGUGGUGCUUUAUGACACGUGUUCUUUACCAAAUCACAACUUUUCAGUGCGCGGACUGCAUUAGUCCAGCCAGGAGCUCAAAGAAAACAAUUUGUUAUUGCGGUUCAUUCCCGGAUCGAAGCAUUUUCAGACCGCUAGGUGGCGUGGUAAUCGACACGUGCUCGUCAUGGGCUGGUGCGUGCACCGGCUCCACUCCAUGAUGAUGGCGAUGCAACCUCUUUUCUGUAACACGAGGAAAAGGAGGACAUGAAGAAAAUUCAAGUCCCCGGCCAUUUCGGUUCUUUCUGCGUCAGGUGAUGGUGGACGGUCUCAUCAUGCAAUGUGAAAAAAACAACUGCAUCGAAGACGGAGAUCGCUUUCUGAGCAACAUCAGUACUCAGUGCAUUCCAGCGAUUUCUGAUGCAAGAUUUGAGCAAAUAGAAGGAUGUGAAAUCUGUUCUCUUUUCAACAACUCUGCCGAGGAACUAUAUCGAGGACAGUAUUUUGACUUACACCGGUGACUUACAUUUAACUUACAUCGCCAAAAAGGUUUCAAGGAAAGUGUGUCCCGCAUGUAAAGAAAUUAUUCUGGGACUAAUAAGGAACUUGAGAAAUAUCCUGUUGUCAAUGAACCGCAUGCUAACGAUAGGCUGGUCGUCGUAACAUCUGGUGACGUUGGUGGAGGAACUUGAAACCUGACCAGCUGCACGUGGACCGAGUGAGAGCUCGAUUUCUCCAACAGUUUGAAAAAAAUCGAGUUCGCUCAUGUGUCCCUUCAUCAAAUUUCAAACCAUGCAGUCCUGUUGUUCACUUGUUAUAAGAUAUAUACGGCUGCAUUUUGAAAGAAAACAACAGAUACUUCACACAGCGUCCGCAAAGAAAAAUAGAAUGUCAAAACUGCAACACCUGUAGAUGUGGACUUCGCAGUGGUUAAAGCGACUGUCACCACGAGAGUCCGAUAACGUGGGUAUCUCAGCUUCGACAUAUCAUUCUCUGGAUGUGACGCUUGUUGACAGAACCAACCGCCAUCAAUUUGAAAUACGCUCACUCCACACGAGAUCUGAACCGAGGGACUUUGCGUUACUGCAGCGACGGAGGUCUGCAAACCCUCGGACGCAGAGAUAUACCAUCGUGCCUCGUACUCAGCGAACGGAAGAUGAGCUGAACUCACAGCAGGAUGGUGGAAGAGCUUCCGGUUAAACGUGCAGACUAUCGAUGUGCAGCUGAACGAACUUUAUCCGUUUAUCGGAUCCCGGUGCGCUGCGCUUAAAACUAAUGAACCAGGAGUGAACCAGGUGAGGGAGCCUGGAGUAGCCAGCAGACUCUUUAGACGUGUUUUCAUCACGCGGGGGAGGGGGAGAGAGGUGGUGAUGGAGGAGAAGCGGUGUCCGGCGGUGAGGAUCAAUGCAGCACGCGAUGCGGCCUGUCGGCUGCGCUGUCUGCCGGUGACUUCGAUCUACUUACCGGCUGACAGGUAAUUGUUACCUGACGUAGUUGCCGGAAAAACCAGUCUGUGAAAGCUUUGUUGGAAGGGAACUGCUGGCAUCGUAUGGUACGCCUAUAGUGCUCGCGAAACGGUUCUAGGCGUGGUCGAAGAUAAGGGUGUGGUUCCCUGCGUGUGUGUGCGUGAGCGCGCGCGUGGACGAGAGAGAGAGAGAUUGAGAGAAAGAGGGAGUAGGUGGCCUACAUACUUCAACGGGCGUUCCCAUACAGACCUAGGUAGAAUUACAUAUUGCUUUGUCAGGGUUUAAGCACCACGUACCACACAGUCAUCUUCCUUCGAUCACGGCAGGACCUGAAGAGGCUGUUCAGACUCACUCGCCCCAUCCUCCGACCCAUCCAUCCACUUCUUACCUCCGCGCGGCCAACAUGUGAAGCGGUCUUUGAUCACGUCAGUGUCGCUUGCAAGCUAUAGGCUCGUGCCUCAGGUAAACAGGUGUGGCAGAUAAACAAGUGUGCCAGGUAGGAGUCCUGGCAGUUAAUGUUCAGUGGAGCCUGUUAUUGAAUCCUCACCUCUUCUUCACCGCCACCGACAGAAAGAAUGUUCUGCUGUCAGUCCACGUGUGCCACAACGCUCACAGAUGUGUUUUACUCGUCUCCAAGCUGACACGUCCUCAGAACACUGACAUUUCCAGGACAGCAGACUCAGAAGCUCGAGAAACGAUCCACCAGAUGCACGCAGAGCCAAAAAUAGACUCAAGAAGCUGCCUACCUCCACGUCAGUGCAACACGUAAUCAGCGAAACAGCUAAAGAAAAAUGAAGGUUUCUACAGAGAAGAGAGUGGACAAAUAGCUGUGAUGUGGCCGCCAGGUACUUUAACAAGACAAGACACGUCCAGUUCACAUCUUGCCCACAUGAUCACCACAACCGGUGACGAGGCUGCCUGGUGAAAAUCAUCUGUCCCCCUUUGCCCCAGCGUGUUUGCGUGACAUAAAAGCUGGUUUGCCAAAUUUUGUUACCAAAUGGUCGAUUAUCUGCAGCACUGGAUGUAAGCGACACAGUCUCCCAUACAGAUGGAUCCCAACGACAGCUGCGUGACGCCGGACGGUCUGGGGGAGGUAACUCCCAACAACGUGUCCAACGUGCACGAUGACGGCGAUGACAGAGGUUCGAACGACCUUCACGCCAACGCCGGCCUGCAGCUGGGGGAGAGGGAGGCGCCGCGGAAGGCCAGAACGAAGAAGCUGUCGUUUCGCGACUUCGUGAUGAAAGAGGUCUUGACGACGGAGAACGAGAAAGGUGUCGCAGGCUCACGUCCUCACAAAAGCAUCCUCAAGGUUCGCACUGACCCGCAGCGGUCCCACGACGACCACGAUAAGCAACCCUUGAGUUUCGUCAACAAAGCUUACCUCGGUGACGAGGAUGAGCAGGCAGAGGACACGACGUCCAACGAAACCACACUCACCACCAUCUCCACGACCAAGACGCCGGCCAGGCGGGUGUGGUCCACGGACUCCGGCAGCGGGGGGAGAGCAGGCUUCGCCGACCUCGUGGACUUCCUCAUGCAGCGCACCGGCAGCUUCAUCGACGGCCGCGACACGCACCCCUUUGGACGGGACUGCUCCAUCGAGGGCAUCCUGCAGAGCAGCCGACCCAAGAGCCACAGCAAGAACAGUGCUUUCGGCAAACUCGUCGUCUGGCUCAUGAUGUUCUCCAUCCUCGUCGGCUGCGCGCUGGGGGUCAUCUAUCUCUCAGAAACAUACAAUGACACACAGGAGGCACAGGCGAGGUUGGCGGAACAGCUUGCCAACAAGACAAAGGCAGCAAACUCUAAAUAAAGUCAGCUUUGUCAGAAGCAGAACUCAAAAAGAUUAUCUUAUGAUCAGGUCUUACAACCGGAUGUUGUCCAGCCUACAGACGAGGAGAAUGUCACCACCUUUAGAAUACUACACGUACGUCGAAUCACUGGGCUUACCGACGACUUUCACAAUGAGAGGAAACAGAAGUUUUUGUUUGAACACAGCAACAAAUAUUAGGUUUCUCAUAGAGAUUCCAUCCAACCUUCAAACUGAUAAGAAGUUUACUUGUUAUUUGGAUGCUUACAUGUUUUAAUAUGGGAGUCUUUAUUUUUUUUUUCUCAAGAAGUAGACAUCAGCUCUGGUUUAAACAAAGAAUCAAGAUUUCAAUGAAAGACAUGAUGAACUUUACAGGUCUAGAAGAGGGUUCACAUCGGAAUAGACUAGCGAAGCUGCUUGUGAGAAAGAAGACAUCUGGGCAAGGGCAAGUCGUUGCCCCAGGAAAUAAUUACAAAACAAUCUUCAGACACCGAGCUUGAUUUUACUUUAGAGCAUCAUUUUAACGGCUUCAUAACCAGGAUUAAAAAAAUUCCAGAGAUCUCCAUAACUAAAAGGACAAGAUAUUUCGCAUCAAUUUCUAAUGUUUCCCUGGGUCAACAACCAACCCUCGAUUCAUAGCCCAGAGUCUUAGGUUGUCUUUAUACUUUAUUAGUACAGCAGUCCUCGGGUCUGCGCCAAUAGAAGUACAAACAGAUGUCAUAGGAUCUGGUGUAACUUGGAAGACAGAGGCUUGAAGACAGUGCUUCUUAUUGUGCAUAACAUAAGCAAACAGUAAACGUAGACUUUGGACACAAACGAAGAAAAGGAAAAGCACACUUGCGUGACACAGUUUAGUUCACAACAUUGCAAGUGUUAAUGGCAAGUUAUCUACACACGCUCAAACUUUUUGUGUUUGUUUUAAGCUCACGCAGCUUUUUGUACAUUGUCCUGUAUUUGUACACUACACGUUGCAGCAAACACUAAACUGUUAAUCUGGAGGGUUUUGUUUUGUUUUUGGUUUUAUGUGCCCCACAGAGUCGCCUCAAGCACGUGCACUCGACAGUGUCUUCUACAUAACAUCACAGAAGCACAAUUUUAACAUCAUCCUGCACACCACGGUGUCCUGUGAACAACACCAUCUUACCAGUCCGUGAUUGCACACACCACAGUUUCCAAUGUGCUUCAUCAUCUUGAAAACUUCAGAAUCAAUUAUUGUGUCUUCGUGCGCCUUGCAGACUUUACCAUCCUGCGGUGCCGUGACAGACAUGAACGUGAACGUGAAGCAACGUGACAAAGCAAAGGUGAAAGAGAGAAUGGUACGUGACUAGAGUAAUACUCAUGUGUUUGCAGUCAAUACUGUGAGACUAUAUCAGACAGUGCAUUUUGUUUCUCUCCACCUAUAAUUGUACGAGUUCGGGGUACGUGAAUGUCGCCUGGUACCCGUUCAUGACGCUCACGGACACGAGCGCCCUUGUCUGGAAUUGCGUGAUGGUUGUUACUCUGUCGUCAUUGACAACUGAGAGGCGGCGAGUCCCAUGGAGGACAACUUAGGUCUGCUUCACACGAUCAGACAUGACCACCACUUCUGGUUAAUUGUCGAGGGUGGUGGCAUUGGAGAACGCUUUUCAUAAUUUUGUGACGUCAUCCACUCCUGGACGAGAGUUCACGAGAUCAGAUUCAGAAGAACUCAAGGACGGACAACUGUCUCACACUACUUAAGAGAAUGAAGUAGUUAAUGGUGGCGAUACAAGAUUUUAAAAACUUGUGAAAAUGUGUUAAUCAUCAUUUUAACAGUACACAAAGGGCAAGAAAUCGUGCACGAUUGUGAUUGUGAAGUGUCAAUCUUACCUUCUCAUGAAAUACAAAAUCCCUGGCAAGAUUCGCUUAUAUUUUAUUAAUAUACAAUCGAUAUAUCCAGACUGGUAAUAUACAAUCGACAUAUGUAGACUUGUAAGUGCAAUCAAAUGUAGUUUUAAGCUUGCCACCAUUGUUCUUCAUUUUGCUAGUGUGACCGAUUAGAGAAAUACUCAAUACCAACGUUGGCUGUUAGUAACCAGUGAUGAGAAUUACUUCAGUGAGCGACUUCACUGCCUCAUCGCCUCCAUGUGCAUAUCGUCAGGAAACGUUUCUCUCAAAAAUACUCCAAAUACUUUAUCAGUUUCAUGCUUCCAUAAAGAUCUUGUGCAAAUAUUUCUAGAACGUUCGGCAGUGCGUGCUCAUCUUUGCAGGAGAGCAAGUUGUCAGGCUUCCACUAUCUUUUUUCUGGCUUUCUCCGAAUGGAAGGCCAUCUCCAAAGAGGCUUAUGUCUACAAAUAGGAGACGUCUCCGACGAAAAGCAAGGCAAGGCGUAUACUGUCAUACAGAAGUCUCUAAAUUCCGUUCUUAACCGGCCAAAUUGCCAAAGUGUCGAAUCUCCGAAGUACCCCAAAGUUUAUGUGUUGAAAAUUGGCAAAACAAGAUUUUAGCUCAGUUUGUUGACCAAAGCUUCAAUGUUCUACACGUUCUUCACCAAAACCUGUUGGUGUCCAACAUGCAAUUUUGCCAAACUUGGUCAAAUGUUCGACGGCAAUUUGUCUGGUUAAGAAUGGCUUGAAGCUUUGAGAUUAUGGUUCGGUUGUUAUUGUGAUAUAACUAUUUUUGGAAAAUCACCUUUAGAAUAUAAGCUGUCUCUUGAAGCGAUGUUUGAAUCAUAGUAAGUGUGCGUGUAUGGUGUGUGUGUGAAUGUGAGUGUGUGUGUGAUUCUUGAAGAAAGCAAACGCUCUUGAGCAAUAGAAGUGAAUGUUUGCACUGGGAUGUGUUUAUGAUCUUUUAUUUAUCUCCUGUGUGGGUGCUCGUAAAACAAAAAUAUAUACUCUGAUGUGCAUGUGUAAUGUUAAUCCAGUAACCUGUUGUUGAACUUUAGACAUCUCUCAGUACAGCUCUUAGUCUACACAAGAAUGUCUCACCCUAAAAUAGCUUUUGUCUGGAAAUUUUUUUAUCUCAACAACCUGCAACACAUAUUGUUAAUUAAUAUGUACCAUGUACUCGGAUCAUUGAGAAUUAGCAUCAUGCUCUAAGGUGCAGACUGAUUUGUAGAAUGAGAGAGAUGUUCUGAUAAAUAAUGUGAGAGAUGGAGUGAUAAGCAGAAUAUGAAUUAUAUACUGAAAUGUAAAAAAACUGCAUUAGCGCUCACAUUUAAAGGAAAAAACUUGUGUACAUAGGUAAACGGUAACUGUGGUGAAGUGUUUGUUGAUGACAACUUUCUUUUUAAGGAAGACAGACACUGAAGCGUGCCUUUUGUAAGAUUAAGGACCUGUCACAUGUAACAGUCUGUAUUAACCAGUGUGCAGAAGCACAAAGUCUUUGCUAUUUAAGUCUGGAAAUACUUGAAUGCACCACACAGUCACCUGGGAAACGUCCUGAUGCUGUGCCUUAACCGGCCAAGUGGAUAGUUCUCCAAGAUGCAUACCAAAUACAUUUAUUAUCAUCAUUACUUCAUGUUUAAGUAGAAAAACACAGCAAAUAAAAUGAAUUUUCAGCACCGUG